AUCAGACGUAACAGUGACGCUGAGGUCAUGCGCAGUUCGUGCUGACACUGGGCGGACUCUCCGGGAGCAGAGAGAGGUUGGUGAACGUCGUGCAUCUUGCUGAGUGCGAUCACUGAAAUAAGAGUGGCAUCUCCUAGUGAUUAUGGCUCAGUUUGGAGCGCCAAGGAACCCCGUUAACUGGGUCUCCCAUCUCACUGCAGCUGUGGUGUCUCAGCCAGCAAAAGACCCAGCUGUAGUUGAGCGUGCAAAUCUGCUGAACAUGGCUAAGCUAAGUAUAAAAGGACUCAUUGAAUCAGCUCUGAGCUAUGGCCGUACUUUGGAUUCAGAUUACCCUCCUCUUCAGCAGUUCUUUGUUGUAAUGGAACAUUGCCUCAAGCAUGGCCUUAAAGUGAGAAAAUCAUUUUUGAGCUUUAACAGAACAAUAUGGGGUCCCUUGGAACUGGUGGAGAAGCUGUGCCCAGAAGCCGAGGAGAUCGCAGCCAGCGUGCGGGACUUACCGGGGCUCAGAACACCUCUUGGUCGAGCUAGAGCCUGGCUGAGGUUAUCAAUGAUGCAGAAGAAAUUGGCAGACUAUUUGCGUUGCUUGAUCAUGCGUAGGGAUCUCUUGAGCGAGUUUUAUGAAAAUUAUGCAGUAAUGAUGGAAGAAGAAGGAACAGUAAUUGUUGGAUUGUUGGUUGGAUUAAAUGUGAUUGACGCCAAUCUCUGUGUCAAAGGAGAAGAUCUGGAUUCACAAGUUGGGGUCAUUGAUUUUUCCAUAUAUUUAAAAUCUGAUGAAGAUAAUCAUGAUCGCGAAGGAAGGAAUGUACACAUUUCUGCAAUACUGGAUCAAAAGAAUUACGUUGAAGAACUUAACAGACAACUGAAUGGUACUGUUAGCAGUCUUCAUGGAAGAAUCGAUACAAUGGAAAAGUCAAAUGCAAAGCUCAUUGAAGAGUUGGCAAUAGCCAAGAAUAACAUUAUCAAAUUGCAAGAGGAAAACCAUCAAUUAAGGAAUGACAAUGCCAUGAUUUUCAUGAAAGCUCAUCAACAUCUAGAGCAUCCAGCGUUCUUAUGUACUGCUCUGUGCACAUCGUACCGUGUAACGUCAUCACUAGCCAGGUGCUCAGAGGAUAACACAGGACUGGCAGCCAAGGCCAGUAUUGAAGCAGAACAGAUGUACAGACAGCAUGCAAGACAUGGACUGAAUGAAAUCUUUACUGACAUAUGUACGCAUCAUGAAGAUGCACAGCUGAGACAGGAAUCAGAUACUGAUCUUGAGCCAGCAAGAGUGCAGCAUGAGAUUGAACUUGCUGUUAAGUUGUUGGAGAAAGACAUUUUAGAAAAACAAGAUACCCUCAUUGGUCUAAAAGAGCAACUGGAAGAAGUAAAGGCAAUUAACUUUGAGAUGUAUCAGAAAAUGCAGUGUUCAGAAGAGGAAGCCAGAAAAAGAGAUGCGAACGAUGGUCAGGAUGGGAAGUCUACCCAAAUGUCAGCUUGCAGAAAACCAUAUGAAGAGAGUGAUAAAGAUGUUUUAAGCCAAUCUAGAAACAUUGAAAUAUCAUAUAUGAAGGCUGCAAGUGUUGAAUCUGCCCCUCAAUAUAAACUUAUUAAAGAUAUAUCAUUCUAGCGCUGUAUGACCAAAUAUGCAAUAUACAGCAAUUUUAUUAACGUAUACUAUAUAUUGUAAAAUAUAUGUACUACAAUAUCUGACUUACGUAUAUGUUUGUUAUUUAAAACAUACUUAUACGGAUACUCAAGAGAACAGUAUAUAUAAUAUAUAAAUAUAUAUAUAUAUAUUAUUUUGUGUACUACAGUAAGUGCUCCCAGUUCUCUUUGGAUAGUAAAAAAUGAUUUGUAUUUCAACUUGAUCAUUUCAUUUUUAUUUUAACUUUGCCCAGUUAUGUCUGUUUAACAUUAUUUUAGGUUUUACCUAUUUUCACCCAACUGAUUUGCACUAAAGCAAUGAAUAAGUUAAUUGGAUGGAUGUCAAGUUCCAUAUUGUGGUGCUGUAAGUUGAAAAUGUUAUUUAAUCGAUUGCCUUAAAAAGGAGGAUGUAGGACAA